AUGCAGUUGAAAGGCCUUCAUCAUCGGCAGAGCUGUCCCGAAGGGGCAUAUUAUGUCUGCCAAAAUGGAUUUAGAGGUUGCUGUUCUAUCGAUCCUUGCAAUCCUGGCGCCACCUGCCCAGACACCAGCAGCACCUUGUCUACAUCUCCAGCCAGCACAACAAGCCAAAGUUCAAUUGUCACACCGACAGCCAUAGCGACACCAGCCACGACCCCAAUCGUUUCUUCAGUAAUGAUGUCUCCUUCUCCAACGAGCACCACCUCGACUAGUUCGCUACCAACAGCGACGAGUCUAACAUGCCCAGCCGCCAACAUGACAACAUAUGUCGACUCAAACAAAGUCCAGUACUCGAUUCGUUGCAACGCCGACAAUUCUUACGACUCUUUCAAUUCCACAUCUGUCAGCACAGGAGGAUUUGGCAAGUGCUUUCCAGCAUGUGAUAACCUCGCGGCGUGCGUAGGAUUCACUUUCGUAGGUUCCGACUCGGGAACAUGCUAUUUGAAAUCCGAUCUUCCAGAGGAUAGUUAUUCAAGCACUGCAGGAAGCAACUAUGUAACCGUCGCCUUAUUGAAUCGAGAUGAUCAAAUUGAUCCACCAGCCGAUGCCUUACCAACAAACUCUUCUGGGCCACCACCUGUCUCGAAGAGUACACCCAUUGGUGCUAUCGUCGGAGGUGUGGUUGGUGGCUUGGUUGUUCUCGUUCUUCUUGCUCUGUUCGUAUUCAUUUGUCUGCGCAGACGGCGUAGGAUCAAGAAUGAAGAAAUCAAGUCCGCCACUCAGAGGUUCCCAACAGGUCCCCUGGAGCCUCAUUCGAAAAGUGACUCGCUGUUCGCGGCACUUGGUGGAUUCUACGGAGGACAUACAACAGCGCUGAAGCAAGCACCGCUCGGUGAAUCUCAGCUCGCCAGAGAAGAUUCUGCCAAUGAAUUUGCGGCCGCCAAGUUCGAGAAACCUGCAAACACACCAGCUGCUUACAAGUCAACUGGUCCUGCAGAAGUGGAAGGCAAGCCAAUAUAUCCCUCGGCGAAUGUUGGUCCUGCUCCUGUUGAAAUGGAUGCAAACUCUCCCAUAAUGGCACCAAAAACACCAAUGUCGCCACAGGUUGAUGAAUCACCCGUCCUAGGACGAUAUACCGAUCACGGGCAAAGCAAUCUUGCAGAUGAUGUGCGCAGAAGACAGCACAGUCGGCACAUUAUGAGCUGGAACAAUUACGAUGAUAGAAGUGCGGUAUCGCCUCCUUCGUCCUUAACCAUGUCUCCAAGAAUUGGCUCUCCAGAUGUAAGUCCUUUGGUGAACAAUUCGAGAGAUUCGACUGCAAGCAAAUCACCACCCGAGAGAUACCGAGAACAUUUCGUAUAA